GCACAUGGGUACCUAUAGUACUUAUUACAUAUGAUAUGUUUUAUUUCAGUGUAAUAACUGUGAAUUGUGAUUGUUGUACAGUUAGUUAAGAUUGUAUGAGAGAUUAUGUCUUUCCGAGGACGCGGUGGUGGUUUUAGAGGAGCCGGCGGUUUUAGAGGUGGCCGAGGUGGUGGAGGAUUUAAUAGAGGACGCGGUGGCCGUUUCGAUAAAGGCAGAGGAUAUGAUCAAGGACCUCCAGAAACAGUAACGCCAUUAGGACAUUAUCAAUGGCCUGUAGAAGAUAUGAUAGUUGUUAAAGGAGAAAUUGAACAGGUGCCAUUUUUUAAUGCACCAAUUUAUAUGGCAAAUAAACAACAAAUUGGAAAAAUAGAUGAAAUAUUUGGUAAUAUUCGUGACUAUUAUGUAUCUGUUAAGUUAGAAAAUACAAAGGCCUCCAGUUUUGAGAAAGAUACUGAGUUAUAUAUUGAUCCAGCAAAGCUAUUACCUCUCCAAAGGUUUUUACCAAGACCUCCUGGAGAACAGAAAAGAGGUGGCGGUGGUGGUCGAGUUAUGAAAAGAGGUGCUGGAGGAAGGAGAGGAGGAGGAGGAGGUAGAGGUGGCAGAGGAGGAGGAGGAAGCGGCGGUGGCUUUGGUAAUAGAGGUGGCUUUGGCAAUGGUGGAAGAUUUAGAGGUCAUGGAGGAGGAGGUGGUGGAUUUAAUCGUAAUAGUUCAGGUGGAGGAGGGCGUGGAGGAGGAAGAGGAAGAUGGUAGGACUUAAGAUUAAUUUUACAAAGAAAAUAUUUUUCCCAAAAUAAAUAGCAAAUGCAAAAAUAUUGUUAUAAUUGCACUGUAUAUUAUAAGAAUAAAUAUUCAAAUUGUGCAACAGGAUUAAA